AUGGCUCACGGUACCUUGACUUUGUCUUAUCUUUUUUCUGAAACGCCGCAACCUUAUUUAAGAAUUAGGAAGUAGGGUGUGGGAGGGGACAUCAAGGAAAAGAGAACUCAGCAGGAGUGGUGAACAUGGAAACUGUGAACUGAUACGAGGGUUUUGGGUAUCCCCCAACCAAAUAAUUUUUGUAUUUUUGAACUUCAAUGCUUUGGUGUCCCUGCAUUUAUUUCCCACCUAAACAGACUGAAUGUUUUAUGAUUUGCACUAUGUUCAAUGUUAAUACUCAGUCUUAAAAUUAUAGAGCCAAUCCUAGAUGAUGAUAAAAAUCUGCUUUACCGCGGUUAGAAUCAAACCCCUGAACAAGGUUGCAGGUUCGAUUUCAAACACGGGUUCGACUCCAACCGCGGUUCGAUUCCAACCACGGUCAAGCAGAUUCCCCAGCUUGCCCGGUGUGGGUCACAGGUUCAAUUCCAACUGCGGGAAAGCAGAUUUUGGCUUGCCCACUACAUUAAAUCAUUGCAAAAAAAUCAUGACAUUAUUUAUAUUAAUUACUAUGAUCACUAAUAUUGCUAUUAUUAUGAUUAACUACUAACUAUUAACUACAACAUUUUCAGUAGUGACAGAUACAAGCAGAGAAAUACACUAAAGUAAGCUGCCUGCAAUGUUUAGUUAAGGGAAUAUUAAAGCACUCUUCUGAACUAAGCUAUUCAUGUGCUUCCUUGAUGUAUGAACAACCAAAAGCCUAACCCUAUUAAAAGCUAGAGAAAGUCCUGCUCUUCAUUUUUUGCAUGUAUUUUAGACAAAACGGACCAUUGAUGAUGGGGGAGGGAGUUGAUAGCACACAUUUUCGAAAAAUGGCUUAUGGGUAAAACAGAGGAACACAAGGACAUUGAUUUUAUACAUAGUUUUAUAUCUCCUGACAAAAAUAAACAGUAAACAAUUUGAUGGAUUUUAAGGUGGCUCGCUACAGUUUAUCGAAAUGUUGAAAAUGCGUAAACUAGAUCACUUUUUUGAAGAGAUGAUGCUCUUUACAAAUCGAAAUUUGUAUAUUAUAUAUACAGCGACAAUCAAACAGUCUAAAAUUGGUCAGAAAAGUGACGUCACCACUGUUGCUAUGGCAACAAUGACGAUUCAAGAUGGCCGAUAUUUUGGCUUUGAAUGCAUUUUACUUUAAAAAAGGUCGGUUACCCCAAUUUUUUAUUUCAGAAAACAUUUUCUUAUAGUGCAAUGCACUAUUCUGACCAAUUUUUUUAGAGGCUAAAUUGGUUCGAACUUCGGCUAAACGCGUAUUUAAUCGGAACGUCAAGAAAUUAGUCGACUCUAUUAACUCUAAAGAUACGGCUGCAUUAAUCGAGAGUAGAUUUAAAGAUUUGAAGCAGCUCUGGGAUGACGUCCAACGGAAGCACGAAGGGUAUAUAGAAUCGCUGGAAAAUUCGAAGACGACUUAUGAUGUUGAGCAAGAGGAUGGAUGGAUUGAUGAAAUGGAUAAAGUUUAUGAUGACGUGUUACGGCAAAAGUUGGCAUACUUUGAGACCGUAGAAGACCGUAAAUUUCUAAAGAGAAAAGAAGAUCGAAUUCGUAAGAAAGAGGGCGAUAAAGCUAUUUUUCGAGCUGAACAAGCCCGCAAAGUUGAAGAAAUCGCAUUUAGACAAGACGUGGAAAAUCUAGAAGAGGCAUUAGCUGCAGAGAUAGACAAACCCAAUCCGGCAGCAUCAAUGCUUGAAACGGCAAGAACUGAGCUAAAAAGACAACUUGAAGAGUGUAAAAGGGUUAAUGGUGAAUAUGUUCUGCUACUUGAUGCUGAGACAGCUGGUGAUGAGAUAGCUUGGUUCACGAGUCUCCAAAAGAUUUAUUCGCAAAUAUCUAAAAAAAUCGGCGACGUUAUUCAACGGAAAGUGAUACCAUAG